AUGAGCCCCGCGUACUACGUCGUGUUCAAGGGAGACCCCCCGGGGGUAUAUGCCUCAUGGGAGGAGUGCGCCCGCGCGACGCAGGGCAUCUCGAACGCGGUCUACAAGCGCUGCAAGACCUGGCAAGACGGCGUGGAUCGAUGGAUCGUCGCGCACGAACGAGGCUGGCUCGAGACGGUCGAGCGCGCCCCGGCCGCGUGGGACCCACAGAACCCGGUCCCGCGUCGCAAUCCGAUACCGCUGCCCGCGGUCGCAGACGCGGCGCCCAGUGGACUUGGACCGGCCGGGAAGAACGAGAUGAAAACAAAACUGAGUGCGUCUGCGGCCGCUGGACCUGUCAGCCGGACGAGGUCGGGCGGUGAGAGCACCGAGGAUGGGCUUGCGAAGCGACUUGCAGACAUCGAGGCUGGGGUGGCGAUGGGGAGGGCGGACAGGGAACGCCGCCGCUUGAAGGCGUCGGCGAGCGUUGACGAGCGAAGGAUGGGGCCCGCGCGCGACCGGCAGCAAGAACGCAAGAACCCGAAGAGCAAGUCGAGGGACGGUCCCCAACCGCUGGCCAAGGCGGCCACGGCCCCUCCCCAAGUCUUCGCCUCUGCAUCAACUGCGUCGGGAGCAAGGGUGAUCCCGGUCGAGAGACCCUCCAGUCCGAUUCGGUCCAGGUCGAAGGGCAAGGCCAAAGCUUCGUCGACGGUCCUGUCGUCGUCUCCUCCAACCGGUGUGACGCAAACGAGGAACAUCUUCUCUUCCGACGAAAGCACUGCAGACGCUCUGGACUCGUCUCCCCGCUACGCGCAGACGUUAACGUACUACUCCCCGAGCAUCAACUCGGAGUAUAGUAUGCGCUCGCCGUCGAUUGCAUCCAGCGACUGCCGCUCGCACCUGUCGUCCCCAGUGUCGGACUCAACGCAGUACUUCCCCGAAGACUUCUUGGCCCGUCAGCAACAGAGGGAACGACAAAGGUUGGCCGCAGAAGAGGCGAAAAGACAGCUGUCCGAUGAAUCUCGUGAGGUAGAAGACCGCGAACUGUCUGAGUACGACACCGCGCCCAACACGCCCAUGCUGAAAGACGGCGCAUUUCCCGGAAGAGUUUUGGCGGCAGGUCGUGCGGGGGGUGAUGGGAAUUCCGGUGCGAGUCGCAAGUCGCGUGAACGAACGUUUUCAAGGUCGUCGCCCGCUACAGGCCCCAGCUCCAGCUCCAGCCCCACGAAGCGCAAGAGGCCCGUCGCGCGCACCCAGAGCGACGCAGCGAUCCAGACCGAACCUGUUCCCAAGCGCAAGCCGGUCUCUACAGGUGCUCAGACAGAUGUCGUGCCGGAGAGGCAUUUUGUCGACGGAGGCAAUCAAACCUCUCCUUCGGUUCCCGUGUUUGCUGUCCCAAGUCCCGGUGUGCCUUCCAGUGUGUCUUCAAGCUCAAGCUCAAGCCGCCGCCCAAGGCCGCAAGCUCAAGCCGCCGUCCCUCGGGUGCCUUCGCCGCGGACAGUCCCUCUCGACACGCCCUGCGUCUGCCCGAUUCCCCAGUGGAUCUGCCUCCAGUGUUCGCGCCCCCCGGCCGCCGCGCCGCCGCAACCCGUUCUGCCCGCCACGUCCUCUUCGCCCACCAGCGCGUCCGGGGCGCGCCGGUCGCGCACGACACCCACCCAUCGCGCCGCGAGGUCCCCGCGGACCACAAGCCCGACCGGGACCACCUCGCCGUCGCUCGACGCUGUGACCUCCUCCACGUCCUUCGCGCGCGCCCUCGCCGGCUCGUCCGCCUCCUCGUCGUCCGCGUCAUGGCACUCGCCCCCGCCCGCGUCGUCGAUCUCCGCGCGCUCCUCCGCGACCCCGCCCGCCUCGCCGUCGCCCUCCCCCACGCCGUCCGCCAAGACCUCCGUCGGCGGCGCCUCCCCGCACCCGCACACGCCGCUGCUGGGCGCGAGCGACCGCGCCGCGCCGCCGUCGGCGCACCUCCGCGCGCGCGCGGCGCUCGGCGCGCUCACGUUCGCCCAGCCCCCGCGCGGGUGGGCGCUCGGCCCGGACCCGGACCAGGAAGACGCGAUGGAAGGCGUGGUGCACGACGGCGGGUUCGACCCGCGCUCGCCGCUCCAGCGCGGGACGGGCGUGCCGGCCAGGUCGGGGGUGUGGCACGCGAGGGAGCGGCCGUCGCCGGCGCUGUCGCCGCUUCCGAUGCCGUCGGCGUUCGAGAGCAUGCUGUUCUCGCAGUAG